CCGCCGCGGCAGUAGGAGGAACCGGAGCCGCUGGCGGGGGCUGGUGAUGGGGUCAGUUCUCCCUCGUGUGUGAAUCUCCGUCACCGAGCCGGCCCCGUCGCCGCCCUUAUCCGCCCGGCUGGGUUAGCGCCAUCGCGCCAAAAAAAGUAAGUGUGUGUGAAUUUACUGAUAAACAAGGUCUACAAGUCCAUGUGCUGCCUUGGCUCUGGAUGUGGUGGAGUUCAAGUACCCUGGAUUCAAGACCUGCCUAUCUUCUGAACAAGCUAUCCCUAUCAACAGUGGACACUCUAAGUGACUUUUCUGUCUGAAGGCAUCUAAAAGGGAUGGUAUUCUUGAUCCAAGACAGUAUAGUUCAGUCAAGGAUUCUACACUGGUGACAAGGACAUGGGACGACUCCUGCCAUAUUCCAGAUGGUUCAUUACAACUAACAUCUUGGUUGACGACUGUGAAAAGGAACGUUGGAUUACUUUAUUUUAUUUUUGUGGGAGACCACAAUUCCAAAUCUGUAGGAUACAUCAGGUUCCUUAUUUCCUGUAGAAUUUUAAAGUAACCUUCUCUAAUGAGGAUGUCUGAUACUGUUACUCUAAAGGAUGAAACUGAUGCAAUGAAUGGUUCAGAGGCUGAAUUUAAAGAUAUAACCCCAGUCGAAAACCUUAUAAAAUCAAGAAGCCAUCAGCAGAUUCAAAUAGAAAAGGAUGAAAGUUGUACUGACAACAAAAAUGAUAUGCCGCGGCCAGUGCAGUCUUUUGGACAAACAGGAAAAAGGUCCAAGUCAAAUACAAAGUUAAAGCUAGUUCGGAGCCUUGCUGUGUGUGAAGAAUCUCCACCGCCUCCCAUAGCUGAAAUAUCACAGGACGUUCAGGAGAAAAUUCAGAUCCAGUUAACGCAGUCUUUUGAGAAAGAAGAAAAGCCCACAAAAGAUGAAACGGAAAAGGAAAAAUCCAGUGAUAAAUUGUCCAGAAAAAUGUUAUCAAGAGAUUCCAGCCAAGAAUACACAGAUUCAACUGGCAUAGAUCUACAUGAAUUUUUAGUAAAUACACUCAAAAACAAUCCCAGGGACAGAAUGAUGCUGCUGAAAUUAGAACAGGAAAUUUUAGAUUUCAUUGGUAAUAACGAAAUUCCACGCAAAAAGUUUCCCCCCAUGACAUCUUACCAUAGAAUGCUGUUGCACAGAGUAGCUGCUUACUUUGGAUUGGAACAUAAUGUGGACCAGAGUGGGAAGUCAGUGAUAAUAAACAAAACUAGCAAUACGAGAAUACCUGAUCAAAAGUUUUGUGAGCAUAUAAAGGAUGAGAAAUGUGAAGAUUUUCAGAAACGGUACAUCCUUAAAAGAGAUAAUUCUAGUUUAGACAAAGAUGAUAACCAGAUGCGAAUACGCUUAAAAGAUGACAGAAGAAGCAAAUCUAUAGAAGAACGAGAAGAAGAGUACCAGAGAGCUAGAGAACGAAUAUUUGCACAAGAUGCCCUGUAUUCCCAAGACAAUUAUCUUAUUGACAGAAGAAUCCAAGAGGAGGAAACUAAUAGUACACAGCAAAGGCGGCAGAUAUUUAGAGUCAAUAAGGAAGCUUCAGGGAGAUCAGCCAACAGCCAUCAAAGCAGUACUGAGAAUGAGCUGCAGUACUCUGAACCCCGACCCUGGAGCAGCACGGACUCUGAUAGUUCCAUCCGCAAUCUGAAGCCAGUUGUAACGAAAGCCAGCAGCUUCAGUGGGAUUUCAGUUCUGACAAGAGGAGAUAGCUCUGGAAGCAGCAAAAGCACAGGCAAGCUGUCUAAGACAGGUUCAGAGUCUUCUAGUAGUGUAGGGUCAUCCACGGGUUCUCUUUCUCACACCCAGCAGCCUCUUCCAGUCAGAGCUCUAAGCCAGCCUUCUCAUGGCACACCUGCUGUCUAUCCAACUGUCAGCACUAGUAAAUCUCUUUCCUUUGAUGGUGGCAUAAGUGGGCAAGUGACACCUACUAGCACUAGCUUCUUUUUGCUUCCCUUGGAAGCGGCAGGCAUACCACCUGGCAGUAUUCUGAUCAACCCUCAAACAGGUCAGCCAUUCGUUAACCCAGAUGGCACUCCUGUUGUGUAUAAUCCUCCUAUGCUUCAGCAACCUGUUAGGACCCAAGUGCCUGGACCGCCACAGCAACCACCUCAGCAGCAACCAGCAGCUAAUCACAUCCUAUCACAGCAAGACAACCUAGGAUCACAAUUUAGCCAUAUGAGUCUUGCCCGCCAGUCAUCUGCUGAUGGUGCUGAACCUCACCCCACCAUGUUCCAGUCUACUGUAGUCCUUCAGCCCCCACAACAGUCUGGCUAUAUUAUAGCAACAGCCUCACCUCUGCCACCACCACAAGGCCAACCAGUUCCUACUCCCAACUACUCUGCAUCCAGCCAUCCUGUCAACCAGCAAGUGCUGCAGCAACAGGGAUAUAUGCAGCAACCUCUACCACAGAUGCCAGCUUGUUAUUGUGCUCCAGGCCAGUAUCCACACUCCAAUCAACAAUAUCGACCAGUUACUGCUGUCCAUUACAACACACAGCAAAACCCACCACUGCCACAGCCUGCACAGCAGACAGGCUACCAAGUUAUGCCUAACCAGCAGCAAGCCUACCAGGGGUUGGUUGGAGUUCAGCAGUCUCAGAAUCAAAAUCUAGUCAGUAGCCAACACAACAACAUUGGAAAUCAGAUACAGGGUGUGAUUGUUCCUUAUACUUCAGUGCCAUCUUAUCAGGUUUCAGUGCCUCAAGGUUCCCAAGGAAUGCCCCAGCAGACAUAUCAGCAGCCUGUUAUAAUUCCCAGUCAGUCAAAUCUGCCCACAACAGGAAUACCCGUUUAUUACAGUGUCAUUCCAUCAGGUCAGCAGAAUAAUUUAAGUUCAUCAGUAGGAUAUUUGCAGCCUCCAGGAUCAGAGCCAAUGCAGUUUCCUAGAACAUCUUCCCCAUGCAACUCACAGCAGCUUCAAGGACAACAGUGUACAGCAGUAGCUCCACCACCAGGUGGAGGAGUAGUAAUGAUGCAGCUAAAUAUACCCAACAAUCCUCAGCCUCGAACCCAUUCACCUCCUCAGUGGAAACAAAAUAAAUAUUAUUGUGACCAUCAAAGAGGACAGAAAUCCACCGAGUUUAGCACUUUAGACAGUGCCACACAGUUACAGCAGAGUCCUCAACUAAACAGUCCUGCCACCUCACCAGCCCAGUCACCAGCACCAGUUCAACUAUCAAACAUGAAAAACCUCCGUCCCACGUUAACACCUCUUUCUAUUGUGUCCCAAUUUUCUAGAUCUUUUGUCCCUGGACAAGGAGAUGCCAGAUACCCUUUGCUCGGCCAGCCACUGCAAUAUAACCCUCCACCCUCAUUACAUGGACAUGUAACAGGCCAACAGUGUCAACCUGGACACAGACAUGGAAACAGAGGAAGGAAACCAGCUAAGAAGGCCGCUUCAGCAGAUCUUGGUGCAGGGGAACCAGUUGUUGGAAAAGUCUUAGAAAUUACUGAACUGCCAGAAGGAAUAACUCGUAUGGAAGCUGAAAAACUAUUUGGAGAACUUUUUAAAGUUGGUGCCAAGAUUCGGUGGCUAAGGAAUCCCCAGUGUCUACAGACACAACACCAACACCGUUACUGUGGCAGUGGAGAUAGUAAUGUGAACACUGAACCAUCCAAACCUAGUGACUUGGCCUCCACAUAUACAAUUCUAGCUACGUUCCCUACGAUGUCAGCAGCCCAAAAUGCACUGAAGAAACAAAGUAACUCAGCUAACAAGUUUAGGCUGAGAACAAGCAAGAAGCACUAUGAGUUUCAUAUUCUGGAAAGGGCUAGUUCUCAGUAGCAGCUACAUUGUUGGACAUUCAGCCUUUAUUAGUUCCAUGUCCUUCUCUUCUCUACUUGAUUGGCUUGAUGUUAUGGGGUUUCGGUUCUCUUCAUAGAGACUCCUGGGAUGUGUUCUCAUAUGACAUUAUAGCCUUGGAAGAAUAACCCAGUGAUCCAGCAAGAAGAAGAAGAAAAAUAGAUAUAAAGUUAAUCCCAGACAAUUGUAAGAAUCCAUUCUGACAAGAUAGAGAGAGGCAGCUUUCUAUGAGGAAUGCUGUUAAAAUGCCCCUUACUUUUAUAGUAGUUUUGUUUUAUAUUUCUGAAUUCUUGUAUCAGAUCCAAAUCUCUAUUGUACAGCAAAACUUUGUUCAUAAUGAAUACCCAUAUUCAGAUCUGUAUUUUCUAAUCCCUUUUCACAGCCAGCACACAGCUAUCUAUUUUAGGGCUUGGGGUGGAAUGGGGUGAGGGAAGGGAGAAUAAUUAUUAAGAAAUUACACUGUUUUUUAGCCAACUACGCAAAAAUCUUCAGUUAACAAAUUUCUCUUCCCGUUUCUUUUUCAAAUAAAGCAGUUUCAAUAACUUCUAAACUCCAUACACAGUCCUUUCAAGAUUCACUGUGACAGUGUGAAAGAUAAUUACAAAUAAAUUAUAUUCUUGAACUCAUUCCUAAUCAAACAGGUUAGCAUAAGUAUUAAAGUGGAAUAUGAAUGUCUAAACUACAAAGAAUGUUCAUUGAAGCCAAUUUGUUUUUAGUAAAAGGGUGAAGACACUAAAAUGUAUCUCCCCAAAUGACAAAAUAUUUGCACUUUGUGUUUCCACCGGUAUAAAUCUUUUUCUUUCUUUGCACUCUAGGAUAAUUGUGUUAAAUAAGUGCUGGACCCUUCUUAAGUCAUUUAAAUAUGUUUUCAUCAUUUGCAGAGGAUCACUGGACAUCAGAAGUUUCAUUGCACAUACAAACAAUCUUUUCAAUUUCUGUGUAAUUUGCAAGGCUGUACAAUGUGUGCUGAUGCAAGCCUUUUUUCAGUUCAAGAAAAUAAAUGUUUACAAAUACAAA